AUGCCUGCAGGUGAUAAGUGAGUUUAUAAUGGAUAAGAUGAGAGGAUGGUGCAGAGCAAGCCCACUUUUGGGACACUUAGCUUACGACUUUACUAUUGUUAUAUUUUCAGAACUGGAGCCGCUUCGGCUUUUGUUUGUGCAAUCAGUGGAGAUCUGGCCGAAGAGCCAGUGGUUUCUCCAGCCUCGGGAGAGAUCUUCGAAAAGCGGCUGAUAGUGAAAUACAUCGACAGCGAAGGUGUUGAUCCUGUCUCAAAACAACCAUUGAAAGCUUCUGAGGUAUGCCUUCAUUUUUUUUUGUCUUCUAGUCGCACCAUCAUCAUCUUUAUUCCAAAUAACCGCUUUCCUUACAGUUGGUUCCAAUAAAACUAAAUGACGAUAUCCGCGCGAAUGCUCGUCCCAUUCAGACGUCGUCCAUUCCCCAUCUUCUUCAGAUGCUCCAAAAUGAAUGGGAUGCUUUGAUGCUGAAUAAUUUUACUCUCCGGAAUGAAGUACAAGCCGCUCGAGAGGAACUUACUCAUGCUUUGUAUCAGAAUGACGCGGCUUGUAGAGUAAUCAACAGGCUCAGUUUGGAAUUGGCUUCUGCUCGUAAUGCGAUGGCCAACAUCCCCGCUCAUCGACUUCAAGUAAGAGGGUUUCUUUUUUGUUUUUUUCUUUAGAUUUCCUAAAUGGACACGUUUUUUCUGUUUCAGCAAGCGGCGAAUGCGGAGAACCGAAGACAGGACGACAACGGCGCUGAUGAGAAUGAUGUGGAGAUGGGCGAUGCUCUUCCAGGUCUCAGCGAGGACAACAUAAACCGCAUCCAGGCCACGGGCACAGAGUUGUCUCAACAGAGGAAGUCCAAAGGAAAGAAGUUACCCGAGGGUUUGGCCAGUGUUGAGACUUUAUCCCAGUUCAAAGAAACCGCUGUUCACACCGGCCUUCAUAGUGUUGGAACGCCAGGAAUCAAUUGUUUGGAUCUCAAGGUUAGUGUGAUCCUGUUGUAUAUUUAGUUUAUCAUUUUAGGGAAGAAUUACAUUAACUGGAGGUGUUGACAAGACUUUAACUCUUUUUGACUUGGACCAAGAAACCAUUGAGAAGACCUUCAAAGGCCACAGGAAACCGAUUACGUCGUGCAUAAUUCAUCCCAAUGACCAAGACAUCAUCUCGGCAUCGCAGGACGCGACUGUCAAGGUCUGGAGUAGAUCGAACGAACAAGCCAAGCACACUAUUAACCUGCACAACUCCAGUGUCAACGAUAUCUCUCUUCAUCCAACUAACGACUUCCUUCUCGCGUUCUCUGAGGAUCAGUAUUGGUCUUUGAUUGAUUUGAACGUUGGACAAGCUCUGGUUAAGGUAGGUGGUCAACUUCGUUGGUAAUAAUUUGUCAUAUUUUCCCUUAAUAAUUUGUCAUCUUUUAGGUGAAAGAUGACGGAGAUGAAGCGCCGAUUACAUGCGGAAAAUGCCAUCCGGACGGUCUGAUCUUUGGCCUGGGAACUCGUGACUCCAAUGUGAAAAUCUGGGACUUGAGAAACCAAACUCGAGUGGCAUUGUUCUCUGGACAUCAAGGCGUUGUUCGAACUCUCGCCUUCAGUGAAAAUGGAUAUUAUCUGGCCUCUGGAGCAGAUGAAGGAGAAGUUAAGAUCUGGGAUUUGAGGAAGUUGGACAAUGUCAAGACUUUUGCGAUCGACGAUGGAAAACAUCCGGUAAGAAGGGGAUAGUAUAAUACUUUUUAUAAUUGUAAUUUUUAUGACAUGUGUAAGGUGGUUUUGCGAUCUUUUUGAUAUUUGGAAAGGUAGAGAUAGACUGAGAAGGCAUAUCUAAUUUAAUUUUUGUUUUAUUAUAGAUCAAUUCCGUUUCUUUCGACCAGAGCGGCGCUUACCUUGCUGCCGCCGCCAGGAAUGUCCAGAUCUUCCAGGCCCGCUCCUGGAAGGUAGUCAGCACAUUCGAAACGCAUACAGCAGCCGCGACUUCAGUCAGAUUUGGAGAAUUGGCGCAAUUCCUGGUUACAGUAUCCUUGGACAAGAGCCUCCGCGUUUUUAAUUAG